UUAACCAAGGCAGCCUGCGGUGAGGUGGGAGGUGAGCUUUGGUCUCCCAGCGUCUAGUUCUGCACUGCAACUCCACCAAUGUUCUUGCUAUUGCAACUGAAUGGCCUCUAAUGACAGUCCGCUCGUUGCAGCGCUAGCUACCAGGCCAAGUCAAUGCACCCUGUUCAGCCGAGUGCCAAGGAAAAUCAGAGCCUCAGCUGGCCAUCUGUUUUCUGCGUAGUCUAAUUCUGCAUUUUACUGUAUAUUCUUGCUCUUGGAUGAUGCAGAGGUGUAUCAUGCUAGACAGCAAGUUCAUUUGGGGGCUGGGAGCAUGUCAGUCCUGUAGGUUACCUCUGGGAACUUGCCAGAUAUUUGAGGCUUGGUAGAGUAUUUACUAAACUAACCACAUCCCGUUAAAAUACAGGCUUCGCCAUCAGCUCUCUUCCUGUGCACUGAAACAUUCCCUGUGCUUUCUCUGUCACUCUCUAGAGAUCCCCUGGAUUCUGGCCUUUGCAGUCUAUGCUUGGACUGCCCUCGUUACAGUCACUUUAAGCCUGAUACAAUUUGUACUUUUUAAUACUAAAAACAUGAACCACAGGACUGUGCCUCAACAACAGAGGAGGGACAUGUUAGAACAGCUCAGCAGGUAGCUCUGUGUUUGGAAUUAGAUGCGUAUCUCACUUAUGUCAGUGGCCUGUGACCUCAUGCAAACAUACCUCCAAGGAGAAUCAAGGUGAAACACAAGAGAUGUGUCCCUGGUGAUGAGCACGUGCCAGAGAUGAGCCGACAAGGCAGGAGCCCGCUGAACAGCAUUUGCCUUGGAGCUGUGGGUGGUCAAGGACUGAAUGUGUGCUGGUGGGUUGGAGUGAGGAGAGAUGCUGUCAGUGUGCCCAGCUCCUAGGAGCGGUUCUUCAAGAUGACCUGAAGACUCAUGAAGAAUACAAAAUUCUGCAGAGUAGGACCUCACCAGCCAGGCUGCAGGCCUAAGGGCAGGUUACAUGCUAGAUUCAUGUCGCACUGAUCCACCGGGUUUACCAGCAGAUGGGGGAGCACCCCACGGCACCCCAACUGCCGUGUCCAUCUUGCUCGUGGGAAUUGGGUGGAGUCAUGUCCAGCCAAAGGAAAGACCAGCUUGUUCCUCGGUGUCUCGGUUCCAGGAGAAGCCAGGACUGCCGCUCCACAGAAAGGUUUGCUAUGCUAUUGGGGGCAUUCCCUACCAGAUGACAGGAAACGCCCUUGGGUUUUUCCUCCAGAUCUUCCUUCUGGAUGUUGUGCAGCUGGAGCCAGUCCAUGUCUCUUUGAUCCUUUUCCUUGGAAGAGCCUGGGAUGCAGUUACUGACCCUGCUGUUGGCUUCCUAGUCAGCAAGAGCCCAAGGAGAAAAUAUGGCAAGCUGGUCCCAUGGAUUGCAUGCUCCACACCAUUUGGGGUGCUUUUCUACUGCAUGAUGUGGUCCACCCUCCCUGAUGCCACCCCCAUCUCCCUGAAGUUCCUGUGGUACCUGUUCAUGUACAGCUUCUUCCAGACUUGCAUGACUUGCUACCAUGUGCCGUAUUCUUCCCUGACAAUGUUCCUGGGAGGAACCCAGAGAGAUCGUGAUUUAGCCACUGCCUACAGAAUGGGGAUGGAGGUGUUCAGCACGCUCCUCGGAUCAGGAAUUCAGGGGCAGAUUGUGGGCAGUUACCAUGCCCAUAUGAUGAACAGCUGUUACGUGUUGAAUGGGACCCAGGCCAACACCAGCUCCUCCAGCCCCACAGACUCGCUGGAGAACACGCGUAGGGCCUACGUAUUUGCAUCCCUGGUCCUGGGCUCAAUCUAUUGCCUGUCCUGUCUGAUUCUCAUCUUUGGAGUAAGGGAAGAGCCUGGGCCCCUCAGCCCCCUGGGGAAGGUUGGGCUGCCCUUCACUAGCUGCCUGAGGAUGAUCAUGGAGCACAAGCCCUACACCCAGCUGCUGUGUGGCUUCCUCUUCGCAUCCCUGGCCUUCCAGAUUGCACAGGGGAUCUUUGCCGUCUUCUGUACUCAUGCUGCAGGUCUGGCCGGGAAGUUCCAGCAUUUGGUGCUUAUCAUGUUGGUCACAGCUUCCCUCUCUAUUCCAUUUUGGCAGUGGCUUUUGGGGAAAUUUGGGAAGAAAACGGCUGUGUCCUUGGGCCUAGUGCUGAUCAUCCCGGCCCUGGUAGCGAUCACCCAGGUGAUGCACAGCUUCCUGGCCUUCGUCUUCCUGAUGAUCGUGGCAGGCUGCAGCAUGGCUGUGCUCUAUCUGUUGCCGUGGUCCAUGCUGCCGGAUGCGGUGGAUGAUUUCAGGCUGAGGAACCCCAGCUGCCUGAACCUGGAGGCUCUCUUCUACUCAUUUUAUGUCUUCUUCAACAAGUUUGCAGGUGGUCUUGCUGUGGGGAUAUCGACACUGAGUUUACAUUUUGCAGGUUACCAUGCUGGAGACUGCACGCGCAACCCCUCCGUCAUCCUUGCCCUACGGCUGCUCAUGGCCCCAGUCCCAAUAAGUCUGCUGCUCAUCGCCGUAAUCAUGUUCUCCAUCUACCCCAUCAACGAGGAGAGGAGGAAACAGAUGAGAAUGGAGAUGGAGGCAAUCGGGCAUCAUGUACAACAUGGCAACGCAGAGUAAAACAAGCGCUGAGCUGGGUGAGUUCCUUUGGGAAGAACGCGGACUUGCUGUGUGCUGCCAGGAUGUGCUGCUGUCAUGGAAAGUCCCCAUUUCCCGUCGUUUCCUGUUUCCCGUGUUCCAACAGCCUGUUUGUAUCCCGGGUCCCCUCCCUCUCCUGGCAGGCAUGCACAGGUCGGAGCGGGGUCCUGUGCAGCCCCAGCCCUGCCUCCUCACUAGAGAGCUGCCUUCGCCAGGGCUUGGCCUCCCUGGUCUUCGGCAGGUCCUGACGGAUCUGGGCAAGGCAGAUCUGUGCUGCUCUUCCAGGAGAGGCUGCGAUGCAGGGGAGGAAGGGCCCAAACAAGCCUCAGAGCAGCGCUCUCAAACAAGAUGGGACGUGGAGGUGUCACUUAGUCACGUGGGAAAACUUUUGCAUGAAGUACGCUGGGAUUGUUUUUGAGGGAAACUACAGCAUUCUUGGCAGUUUUUUGGAAAAGUAUUGCCCAGAUAGUGUGUUUGUGCUUACGCUGCCCUUUCACAGGGGAAAGUUUAGAAUUUCUUUGAAGAAGGGUGAAGUUCAAGCCAGCAAUAUAAAAGAAAAGCAUGUACAGAAAUGAUCACACCUGGCAGUACUGUAGUGAAAGCCAGCUACCUCUCUCUGCCUCGGUCUUGUUAGCUGAAUAACUUAGGGGAACGAGGAGUUUCUCGGUAGAAGAGUUUGCAGGACUGGACUGAGCUGCCUCGGUUCAGGCAGUCAUGGGGGUUUCUGGCAGUUUGUCCUGGCUUUGCCAUGUCAGGAGGUUAUGGCAUAAGUGUCAAUUGAAUUUCAGGAACAGUUGAGUUGCUUUUAAAUCAUAGCCUGUAGCUAGAUCUACCACAUCAGCAUCUUGUGAGAGCUUCCCAGCCCCCCCACGUCUCUCCUGGCAACAGUGAGGGGGCAGCAGGGGGAAGAUGGGAGAAACAAGCCGGCUUGUUGCUAGUAGCACUGAGCUGUGUUGAGCCCUGUGCAGAAGCAAAGAGUGAGGCUGGUUAUUUUUAGGGCUAGAGCUGUAUCUGACCGUUGGUUGACCUUGCAGCACUCCAGUCUGGUGCACAUUGGCAGGAUCUGAGCUAAUUACUCGCCAGUUGUGCACUAACUUAACUUAAUUUGAAGCCUUCAGCCUUGUGAUGCCACUUUAAGAAGAAUGGGGAAGAUCUUGUUUUAGGGCUGUGUCAGGGUGUCUGCAGGAACAUCGCACCAGUCCAGAUUCAGAGUGAUUUCUCAGAAGCACAAAGGGCUUCCUUUUUUUUUGCUGAGGCGUAAAGGAUGUUCCUUGGGAGUGCCUGACUAAGCCUGUGGUCGGGUGCUGCAAUGCGCUGCCCUCUGCCAUCAUGCGUGGCUUUCAGCCUUGCUUCCCGUGGAUUUAUGAACAAGCAAGUUCCUUUGAACAUUGAGGAAACACUGAUAGCUCAGAGUUUAAAGUCCUACAGAAGGCAUGAAUUAUGUUCACAGGCAUGUGCUCUUUGGGACAGAGGAGUGGACUUCCUCUGGAGCUCCUGCUCUGCAGCAUGUGCUGUGAAUGGGCCACAAACCACUCCGGAGUGGGACCUGCCCCACUGCAGAGCAGGGAAACGCUGCUGGCGUUUGUGGUGUCUUCCAGCCCUGCUACUACCCACGGUGGUACUUUUGUAUACCAAAAAAUGUCCCAUAUAUUUCUUACGCUAUUAAAUUUGAAUAUUCACGCUU